AUGUCUUUCCUCAGAGGCAGUGCCCCAACGUCAGGUGGUAGUGGCGGCGUCAAUGUCGACAAGAUUGAAAUGGCCAUUACUGAACUUGACACAGUGACGGAUUUCUUCAACCGAAUGGUCCAAUCGUGUCACACGAAGUGCAUUGGUGCGCGCUAUGCCGAGCCUGACCUGAAUAAGGGAGAGAGCGCAUGCAUCGACCGAUGCGUCGCAAAAUUUAACGAUGUCCAGAAGAAGGUCGGAGAGAAACUUCAAAGUCGCGGUGCUGCCAAUGCAGCUGGCGGGUUCACACCUAUGUAA